AUGAUCUCGUUUCAUAUCCUAUUUAUUGAUUCGUAUGAUUCCUUUUGCUUUAAUGUCCAAAGAUUGGUUGAACAACAGGCUGCUGGGUUAAAAUGUAAUAUUGAAGUGACUACAGUCAGAAAUGAUACCUUCAAAUCCAUUCAAGAUCUUAAAAAGGUGAUAUCUUGUUUUGAUGCCCUUAUCAUUGGCCCAGGCCCAGGGAAUCCAAAGAAUGGAUACAAAGAUGUUGGAAUUUUAAAUGAUAUCUUUAAGGAGGUCGAUUUUAAUGAUGUCCCCAUUUUAGGUAUCUGUUUAGGUAUGCAAACUAUGUGUUUGUCUCAAAAUUGUGAUAUUGAACAAUUACAUACUAUAAAGCAUGGGCAAGUGUACAAGAUGGUUGUUACUGAUGAAGGUUUUAAGUCAAAACUCUUCACAAAUUAUCCUUUGAAUUUUAAUUCGACACGGUAUCAUUCAUUACAUGUAAUUAGAAAUAAAGAACAGGAUGAUAAUAAUCACACGGUCAUACCAUUAGUCACGACAAGAGAUGAAAAUGGAGAUCUGUUAAUGGGAGUUCAAAUUAAAGAUAAACCAUGGUUUGCUGUACAAUAUCACCCUGAAUCUUGUUGUUCUGAAUAUGGUGAUCUAUUAAUACAAAAUUUUAUUAAAAUUGCAAAACAUUGGAAUCAAGACAUUACUAAAAGAUCUUUAAAUAAAGAUCAUGAAAGGUCUCUUAAUAUAAGGAUGUUGAAAUCUCUACAAUGUACAGUGGAUAGGAUUCCCCUAAUUAAAAAAUGUGAUAAUAACAAAAACAGUAAUAAUCUUCCAUAUGACAACAUCCCUAAAUUUCUUCGAAGGUAUACUCUACCCCAAAUUAUCAAUGAUAUUAAAUUCACUUUAAAACUAGUGGAUCAAAUUGCACAAGAUAAAUUCAUAUUCGCAUCAUCUUCGUUAUCUGCUAAUCGUGGUGAAUGGUCUAUUAUUGCACUACCUGAUUCUACAUCUGAAGUGUUUACACAUUAUAACACUUUUUCAAGGACAACUAUACAUAAAUGGCAAGAUCCCCGUUUAAAUUACGAUCAGUUGGUUGAUGGGUUAAAAAAUAAUGUGUCUAAUACUUCUUUAAAAGUGAUCAAUGAAGAGAAGGAUGACUUUUGGAAGACCAUUUCUGGUUAUAUGAGCGAUAGGUUAGCCGUGUGUGAUGGUUUGUUAGAUGGACUUCCCUUUAUUGGGGGAUUUGUAGGGAUACUUGGGUACGAAAUGGGGUCAUAUAUCUCUACAAAAGACACCCUAGAGACAAAUGGGUUAAGGCCUGAUGCAAAACUUGUAUAUAUCAAUAAUUGCAUUUUGAUAAGUCACGUCGAUGGAGAAGUAUAUUUGAUAUCUAAGGAUGAAAAAAUGUUUCCUCAAGAGAUUAUAAAUUUAUUUACUUCAGAACAAUUAUGGAUCAAGCAAGAAUUAGGAUGGAGCAAAGAAUUGCCUGAGUCGAUUAAAUAUGAUAUUGUAAUGCCUAAAACAGUAUCAUAUAGCAAAGCAUUUGAUCUGUGUCAAGGAUAUAUGCAUAAAGGUGAUUCAUAUGAGAUUUGUUUAACUACACAGACAAUAGUUAUUCCAAAGAUAAUAUCAUCGCAAGAAACAUUGACGCCGUGGCGAGUUUUCCAAACUUUAGUACAAAAGAAUCCAGCUCCAUUUACAAGUUAUUUACAAUUUAAUGAUCUGUUCGAAAGGCACGGUUCAGAAUUAUGUUUAAUUAGUUCUUCUCCAGAACGAUUCUUAAAGUGGGACCUUGAUUCAUGUGAAUUACGUCCAAUUAAAGGUACAGUGAAAAAAUCAAAAAUGAUGGAUUUGGAAGAGGCUACAAAAGUAUUAAAGACACCAAAGGAGUUUGGUGAAAAUCUGAUGAUCUUAGAUUUAAUCAGAAAUGAUCUUUAUGAACUGUUACCAAACGUUAAAGUAGAGGAAUUCAUGAGUGUAGAAGAAUAUCAGACAGUUUAUCAAUUGGUGAGUGUUGUGAAGGCAUAUGGGAUGUCCAAGAGUAACUAUAAUGGGAUGGAUAUAUUAAAGCAUUCUUUACCUCCAGGAUCCAUGACAGGUGCACCCAAGAAAAUCACUGUUGAGUUGUUACAAGAGAAUAUCGAACCUGUAGUAAAUGAAAUGAUCUGUGGUGGUAAUAGAGGUGUGUAUAGUGGUGUAACUGGUUAUUGGUCCCUGAACGGACGUGGAGAUUGGUCGGUUAAUAUUCGUUGUCUAUAUUCUUAUGAUUCGGGCAAACAAUGGAUUUUGGGAGCCGGUGGUGCAAUCACUGUAUUAAGCACCUUAGAAGGGGAAAGAGAAGAAAUGUUUACCAAACUAGAAGCAGCGUUACAAAUAUUUCACUAG